AUUCACUACUUGGAUCACUAGAACCGGCGUGAUAACUAAUUGAGUUGGUCAUAUGUCGGGUGCAUAGAGCAUUAUCAACGUUCCAAAGCUUAUCUGACUUGACAAAAAUCCAGUUUCUAUAAAUAAAAAGUGUGUACGUCGAACUGAGCAUUCUCGUAUACGACACCGUAACCGUGAACUCUACUUUUGAAGUUAUAGAAAGUUCGUCUUUAUUCGAUCUAAGAAUAAAAUGGCCGCCCAACAAACUAACGCAAAUGGAGUUCUCGUCUCUUCCAACUACCCUACCUGCAUGGAGUCCGUCAACAGGAUUUCAAAAUUACCAGUAGUUGAAUCCACCAUUCAGACGGCCACGAAUAUUUACGGAAAAGUCAAAGAUUACAACAGCGUGACCAACUGGACCCUUACAACAGCCGAAAGCACAGUGAACAUGGCUGUGGAGGUUGGGAAACCCAUCGCGACUCCUGUCAUCAAAAAUCUCGAGGGCCCAAUAAAGAAAGUGGAUACCGUCCUGUGCUCAGGGCUGGACUACGUCGAGAGCAAAAUGCCAGCUGUCAAAUUACCUCCAUCAGAGCUCCUCCUGCAGAUCUACACCUCCACCAAGGACUACGUCACCAACCACGUGACCCCGGCGGUGGAGACGGCACGAUCGUACGCCGAACCGGCCAUCGGCCGCGCUCGGUCCGCCAUGGACGCCGUCGAGCCGGCCCUGGAGAGGGCCCGAAACGCCGUGGAGCCGGCCCUAGAGAGGGCCCGAAAUGCCGUGGAACCGCUGGUGGAGCCAGUGGUGGAGAGGGCGCAGGCGCUGAGGGAGAACGUCAUGCAGAAGGUGGACGAGUAUUUGCACAGGGGACACGAGCACGAUGGACACGAAGGAGAUGCUCUUGAAUGCGAGGAAUGCAAACAAGUGAGGCAAAAAUUGAUAGAAGAAGAAGAGAGGAAACAGCAAGAGCGCACACAGUCAUAAAAAAUACUCUCAACAUUAAAUUGUUAUAUAUACAGAGCUAAUUAUUGUUCUCCGUUUUAAUUGUUUCAGUGGUUUUAAGUCUUCAAUUAUUAUUAUUAUUAUUAUAUUCAAGACUGGUUUUGUUGUAUCUACUUAGUGUUUUAGGAUUAUAUUUUUUUACAUGUUAGAAUGAUUUUAGUAUA